AUGCGAAAUAAGGAAAAUGUGAGACUUGUCGAUGCAUCAACUAAAGUAUUAGAAAUGUUAAACAUAGUGGAGACACUUACAACCCAAUUUGAGCAUCAAAUAAUUCCUGAAGAUGUUGUUUCUGUUUUUAAUUGUGUAAAUACUAUUAGGUUCAUGGCUCAAAUUAUUUUGUAUAACUUGGUGGUAAAAGGUUUAAUACAACAAGAACUCCUUCUACAGAAGCCCAGAGAGAAUACGUCUUAUUUGAUCUUGCAUACUAUAAUUGUUAGCCUGGAAGAAGAAGCAAAAUCACAGGCAGCUUUGCAGGAAUGGUCAUACUGGGUGCGAG